AUGCCAGAAAGAGGACCAGAUCAGUGGUUUGAAGAAGUCAAAAGCUGCAAGGCUUUAAGUGAAAAUGAUAUGAAGCAUCUUUGCGAACGGGUGAAGGAUUUGCUGAUGGAGGAAUCCAAUAUACAGCCAGUGCAGAGUCCAGUGACAGUAUGCGGAGAUAUUCACGGCCAAUUUCACGAUCUACUGGAACUUUUCAAGAUUAGUGGUGGGUUUCCCGGAUCCUCCUCUAAUGGAAUAAAACAGAACUAUAUCUUCCUAGGAGACUAUGUGGAUAGAGGCUAUUUCUCGUUGGAGACGUUCACGUUACUCAUGAUUUUAAAAAUUAAGUUUCCUCAACAUAUCACAUUGGUAAGGGGAAAUCAUGAAUCCAGACAGAUCACUCAGGUUUAUGGAUUUUAUGAGGAAUGUCUCAAUAAAUAUGGUUCCACCACUGUCUGGAAGUACUGUUGCCAGGUGUUCGACUUUUUAACCCUUAGUGCCAUCAUUGAUGGUAAAAUAUUAUGUAUCCAUGGUGGUCUCUCUCCCGAUAUUCGCAUGUUAGAUCAAAUCAGAGUUCUCAGCCGAGCGCAAGAGGUCCCUCAUGAAGGAGGAUUUUGUGACUUGGUUUGGUCUGACCCAGAUGAAGUCGACAGUUGGGCUGUUUCUCCUCGUGGAGCUGGCUGGUUAUUCGGUGCUCGAGUAGCACGUGAGUUCAACCACAUUAAUAACUUGCAACUCAUCGCUAGAGCCCAUCAAUUGGUCAUGGAAGGCUUCAGAUACCAUUUCAAAGAGAAAGAUGUCGUCACUGUGUGGUCCGCUCCUAAUUAUUGCUACCGUUGCGGAAACGUGGCUAGUGUGAUGAACGUCGAUGAUGAGCUCGAUGUUAACUUCAAGAUAUUCAGCGCUGUACCUGAUGACACCCAGAAAAUGAAUCCUGUUAAGAAUCAAAGAAACGAAUACUUUUUGUAA